UACCAGCAUCUUUCGAGAUUGUUAAUGGUUGGAUAUGACCGUCAUACUGGCUUUGCUUCUUACCUACAACCAACACCGUGUCUGUAAAGGGACUAAGGUUACCAUAUUCAUUUGAAUUUGCUUUUCCAAAGGAAAUUAGGAAUCAAUAUCAAGCAACAUGCCAACUAUUAAGUGCGUUGUUGUCGGUGACGGUGCUGUUGGUAAGACCUGCUUGCUGAUUUCUUACACGACAAACAAAUUCCCAAGUGACUAUGUUCCUACGGUUUUUGAUAAUUAUGCUGUAACUGUCAUGAUUGGUGAUGAGCCUUAUACUCUCGGCUUAUUCGAUACAGCUGGUCAAGAGGAUUACGAUCGCUUACGUCCUUUGUCGUAUCCUCAAACUGAUGUCUUUUUGGUUUGCUUUAGCGUUACUUCUCCUGCCAGUUUUGAAAACGUCAAAGAAAAGUGGUUUCCCGAAGUGCACCAUCAUUGCCCCGGUGUUCCUUGUUUGAUUGUUGGCACCCAGAUUGAUUUGCGUGAUGACCCUUCUGUUCAGCAAAAGUUGGCUCGUCAACAUAAGCACACACUCACUCACGAGCAAGGUGAACGUUUGGCUCGUGAAUUGGGUGCUGUUAAAUACGUCGAAUGCUCUGCGUUAACACAAAGAGGGUUGAAGAACGUAUUUGAUGAAGCUAUUGUGGCAGCGUUAGAUCCUCCUGUUCCUCACAAGAAAAAAACGAAAUGCCUUAUUAUGUAAUCUGUUCUUGGCCCUCAUUUAUGUCGACAUCUACAAAAUUUGGCGGUGCUUUAAAGUAAGCUUUAAUUAACUAUUCCUCUUAUGUAGCAUUAUAUUAUGCUAGCCAUUUCUGACAUCUACACCUUUAUAUGCGUUUCCCGUCUUCCCAUCUAUUAACUUCUUUGGUUUCCCCCUGUAUGUUUAACUGGGCAUUAUUUUUCUUUUCCGUUUUACCUGUUGACUUUGUUUGAUCUUGUCUGUAGUAUACUCUUUGUUGCAAAUACAGCAACGUUUCUUCCCAUGUUGACUAUAAGAAUUAGUUGAACAUUGAUAAUCUUAUAGAGUAUAACUUUCAUCUAAUUGUAUAAUUGGAAUUAUACGCUCUUUACUUUUAUUUUCGUUUAUGGGAAGGUGAACAAUUAUUCCUUUACCAACCAUCUUACUCGCACCAAUUAACAAGCUACAUUGCAGCCACA